AAUCUGAACGGCAGCUACGUUCUGUGUGGCCACCCUGGGCCAUGGAUACAACCCUUAGCCGCUUCAAAAUCUGCUUAUUAACACCCAGCUAAAUCAGCCUUGAACCUGGCUAAAGGAACAGUGGCCAUAUCGGUUACAGAGUCAGAGUGGGUACUGUUGUCCAGUGAAUGCAUAGAGUCAAGAGGGUCAAACUUUGUGACAAUAAAAAGGGUAUCUGGAAAAGCUGCGUGACGGUGAGCAUGAUGGCUGUAGAUGGCCUUUCAGACAGUACAGAAGUGGUGGACAUGGAGGACGUCCCUUCUCAGUUCUUUGUGGAGAAACACUCAUGGGAGGGCCUUCGAGACAUUAUCCACUGUAGCAGGAAGUACUCAGGCAUGAUCGCCAACAAGGCCCCACAUGACUUCCAGUUUGUGCAAAAAAAGGAUGAGAAUGGACCACACUCUCAUCGCUUGUACUACCUCGGAAUGCCUUAUGGGAGCAGAGAGAACUCAUUACUCUACUCAGAAAUCCCCAAGAAGAUCCGUAAAGAGGCCCUCUUGGUGUUGUCAUGGAAACAGAUGCUGGAUCACUUCCAGGCUACACCUCACCAGGGGGCCUACUCUCGAGAGGAGGAGUUGCUGAGGGAGCGUAAACGCUUGGGAGCGUUUGGUAUCACCUCCUAUGAUUACCAUGCCCAGACAGGCCGGUUCCUCUUCCAGGCCAGCAAUAGCCUCUUCUACUGUCAAGAUGGAGGCAAUAACAGCUUCAUUCAGUCUGUUCCUUUAAAGCCUGCGGAGAUCAAGACCCAGUGCUCAGGGACUCGUAUGGACCCCAAGUUCUGCCCUGGAGACCCUGAUUUCAUAGCCUUCAUCAACAAUAACGACCUGUGGAUAGCCAACAUUAAGACGGGCGAGGAAAGGAGACUCACUUACUGCCACAAAGGUUUGGAUAAUGUGAAGGAGGACCCCAAGUCUGCAGGUGUAGCAACGUUUGUCAUUCAAGAAGAGUUUGACCGUUUCACUGGCUACUGGUGGAGACCCUCAGCAGUGGAAGACCCUAAUGGAGGUAAAACGGUGUAUCUUCUGUAUGAAGAGGUGGAUGAGACCGAGGUAGAGAUUAUUCAUGUUCCAUCUCCAGCACUGGAGGAACGGAAAGCUGACGCAUACAGAUAUCCUCGCACAGGUAGCAAAAAUCCCCAGGCGUCGCUUAAACUGGCAGAAAUCAAGACAGAUCAUCAAGGAAGAAUUGUGAGCACACAAGAUAAAGAACUGGCUGUCCCCUUCACUUCCCUGUUUCCUGGGACAGAAUACAUUGCCAGAGUGGGAUGGACAAGUGAUGGGAAAUAUGGCUGGGCAGUGCUCCUGGACCGCAGUCAGAGGAAACUACAGCUGGUCCUUCUGCCUCCAGCCCUCUUUAUUCCUGUCACAGAUGACCCAGCUCAGAGGCAGGAGAGUCUGGAGGCUGUGCCCAGUAACACACAGCCAUAUAUAAUCUAUGAAGAGACCACAGAUGUCUGGAUUAAUGUUCAUGAUAUAUUCUACCCAUUUGUUCAAACGACAGAAGAUGAGUUUACUUUUAUUUGGAUAAAUGAGUCUAAAACGGGGUUCAGCCACCUGUAUAAGAUUACAUCCCUGUUACAACCGGGCUGCUACCAAUGGACAGAGGACUACCAACACAUAGAGGGAGACUUCAAAUGUGCAAUCAAAGAGGAGUUUACAUUGACCAGUGGAGAAUGGGAGGUCCUGGCAAGACAUGGCUCCAAGAUCUGGGUGAAUGAGGCGACAAGGUUGGUGUACUUCCAGGGCACCAGAGACACUCCUCUGGAGCACCACCUCUACGUGGUCAGCUAUGAAUCACCUGGAGAUGUAGUCAGACUAACCAAGCCUGGCUUCUCUCAUAGCUGCUCUGUUAGUAAGAACUUUGACUUUUUCGUCAGCCACUACAGUAACGUCAGUACUCCGCCAUGUGUUCAUGUCUACAAACUGACCGGUUCAGAAGGUGACCCACUACACAUGGUACCUGAGUUCUGGGCCAGCAUGAUGGAGUCACCAGGUUGCCCGGGAGAUUACAAUCCACCUGAGAUUUUUGACUUUCCUGGGAAGUCUGGCUUCCAACUUUAUGGGAUGGUCUACAAGCCUCACAACCUGCAGCCUGGCAGGAAGCACCCAACUGUUCUCUUCGUGUAUGGCGGCCCACAGGUGCAGCUGGUGAACAACUCCUUUAAGGGGAUGAAAUACCUCCGUCUGAACACGCUUGCCUCUCUGGGCUAUGCUGUGGUCGUCAUUGACGGGAGAGGUUCCUGUCAGAGGGGCCUUGAAUUUGAAGGAGCACUGAAAAAUAAAAUGGGUCAGGUUGAGAUUGAAGACCAGGUGGAGGGGCUGCAGUAUGUGGCAGAGAAGUUUAACUUUGUGGACCUGAGUCGUGUUGCUAUCCAUGGCUGGUCUUAUGGUGGUUUCCUCUCACUCAUGGGCCUCAUCCAACGACCUAAUGUCUUCAAGUUGGCCAUCGCAGGUGCGCCAGUGACUGUGUGGAUGGCCUACGACACUGGCUACACAGAGCGUUACAUGGAUGUGCCUGAGAACAACCAGCAGGGCUAUGAGGAAGGAUCUGUGGCCUUGCAUGUGGACAAGUUGCCCAGCGAGCCAAAUCGUUUGCUGAUUCUUCAUGGAUUUCUGGACGAGAAUGUGCACUUUUUCCACACCAAUUUCCUCGUGUCACAGAUAAUCCGUGCUGGGAAGCCCUACCAGCUUCAGGUCUACCCCAACGAGCGACACAGUAUCCGCUGCCCUGAGUCUGGAGAGCACUAUGAGAUAAUGCUGCUGCACUUUCUACAACAAUACCUCUGAAAUGAGAAAGCAGUGGAGAAGUGGAUUCUAGCUUCCCCUCUGUCCUCCUUUACUCCCUCCAGCUCACAGCCCAUUUUCAUCUUUCUCCACUUCCACACCCUAAACCCGUCUCCAACCAAGAAACUGUCAAGAUGGUGCAGCCACAAGCCACUCUUUCUCAUCUCACCUCUCCUCUUUACUUCCCACCUCCUCUGCUCUCUCAGUGUCUUGAUCUGUUACUUUCUUGCUCACCCUGCCUCUUCCAGGCCCCCCCUUCACACACACACACACGCACACCACCCUGUUGUACAGUCUGGGGUAUGUUUUAUGAGCACAGAGAUUUGUUGUCUCACCCUGAAAGCUGAACAAAGACAAGGCCAUCUGGAGAUAUAUGUGUAGGCUGUGUCACAUUGACUCAUCACUCAACCAUGUCCUUCUCUGCAACCACAAUGGAUUUUGCCAAAUGUUAUUGUGUGUCAACCCCCGUCUUCACUGUCCUACCCGUUUUAUUCACUUGAGUCAGUGGUAGAAACGGGGCUACAAUUCACAGAUAUGAAGUGGAAGCUCUAAACAUAUUUGUGGACACAAGCUCACACACUAGAUGUCAAAUGCAGUUUAUUUCAUACAUAAACUUCAACACACACUUUGCGGUGUCCAUACAUAAUGUGAAUCUGUACCUGGCAGUUUGUGUUAACGAUGAAGAAAGGAAGAAAAGCAAGACUCUUCCUCUAUCGUCUCAUUUUAAGUGUGUUGUUUAAAAUAAAAAUAUUUUUAUGGAUUUUUAUUGUUUUCACUUUAAAUGAGUGCUGAGAGAAGCCACUCAUGGGGAAUUUUUUGCGCCAUUUUCUCCCCUCACAUUACAUUGCUCAAGAUGUCUGCUUGCCUUCUUGUCACAUAAUUUAUACUUGCCAAAGUACCUCUUGACUCUUGAUCAUGCUGGUAUUUCCUUUUUUACUGCAAUAAAGACAGGUGGGUGAGCACUGGAGUCUUACAACAGCUUUGUACCACCGGAUAACAAUUUGUACAUGAUAAUGAAUAAAUGUAUGAAUCAAUCAAUCACA